AUGGACCAGUUCCACGACAGGCAGCACGUGCGGCUGCGGAGCCGCGUGCUCGGCACGUACCUCCACGCCGACCACGACGGGGAGCGCGUCUCCCUCAGCCGGCGCCGCGACUCGCUCAACGCGGCGUGGGUGGUGCACAUCCACCAACGCGGCGACGGCCCGUACCUGCUCCUCCACAGCGCCGCCUACGGCCGCUACCUCGGCACCACGUUCAAGCCGGCGGCGCUCGGCCACCACGGCUGCCGCACCGAGCAGCGCGACUACAACGACGAGCCGGACUUGAUGGCCGUCAUGUGGAAGGCCUCCGAGGCGGGCUUCGACAACGUCGUCCUGCUCCGCAACGUCGCCGGCCGCUACCUCCGCGCCAACGGCAGGUACCUCCCCUGGAACACCGGCGUCACCGUCGACAACAUAGGCAACAUCAGCGCCAUGAUGUACUGGACCGUCGAGGACAUCCCCGACAGAGAGGGCCCGCCAGGCCUCCCAGGCCCGAUCCACACCCCCAGCCCCGGAUACCACUCCCUCAUGCUCUGGCGCAACCCGGUGGUGUCACGGCUGAUCCGGUUCAUGCUGUCCGAUCCCCACGGCCCCAUCUACACCCAGCACUGCUGGACCACGCUGCGGUUCAGGGGGAGGUCCGUGUUCCACCUGAGGGACGAGCUGGCCAGGCGCAUCGCCUUCGUCCUGGACGAGCGUCAGUCCUUCGACCUCGUAAUGUGCGUCCGAGCGGGCCGCCGGGGGCGUCUGACCCCACUCGUCGUCGACCUGCCCAGCAGCGGCUACGGCGAGACCCUCUGGAUUGUCGUCUUCAUGUCCGGGACCCCAGCUUAUAACGCACUGCGGCACCCAGAUGUCGAUGCAGAGUAG